AUGGCGUGCCAGUUCAGUGAGGGAUGGAGUGGAACGCCAAUGUGGCAACUGGCUCAGGGCCGUGAGGAAACCAUGCGAAAGGAACGGGAGGCAAGGGAGGCCCAAGCUGGAGACGUUCUUGAGAUUGAUAACGAGGCAGCAGGUUUCCGAAGCGUACUUUACGUGUCGAAGAUGGUUGGAGACAAGUACGAAGACUCCAAGGUGCGAGGGCCUCGACGGAAAACACGAGCACAAGCCAUCAAGGACGGGCUUAGUUUGCGGAAUGCGUGCCGCGACGCCCCGAAGGAUGCCAAGCUUGAAGCAACCCAGAGAAGGUCUGUGGAGCUGAUGUUUACCUUCUGGAAACCAGAGGAGCUUCCCAAAGAGGACUUCGAUUUCGAAGAAAGCAUUGAAAAGCCGAUGAGGCUGCGCUUAGCGAGGAAACCGCGAGGUAACGGUUGGCAACGGGUAGGAGACAAGGAGUUCUUCAAACAUUGCAGUGCACCCAUGGCUUUCGACCCCGUAAAGGGCCGUUACUUCAAAAUUGAUGCGGACACGAACUCGUACAUUGAUUGUGAUGUUCCUCACGACCCCAUUGAAUAUCCGGUGUCGGUCAGUGUUGGUGCCUCACUGGUCGGACGGACAGACGAGGAUCUGAAUGCGCCAGACCGACCUAGAUCAAUGCUGCUGAAGGAGUUGGUCAAGACUGGUGCUGCCAUGAAGACUCCGCUGUUCUUCCUAGACCAGCCAGCCGCUUGCUACGCGAUGUUUGACGGGGUACGAGGUGGGGCAGCGGUGGAAUGGUGUUCAAAGCAUUUUCACACCAAGCUGUUGCCGCAGCUGAGUGCUUCGAUUACAUACUGGCAUGAUGCCGACCUGAGGGGCCUCCUUCGCUCAAUUUUCGCCGAGCUGGAUGUGCAGCUGGUGCAGCAGGCAGGGUGCUGCUGGGAAGGCGUCUCCAUGACGGUGGCCCUUUUGCUUGGCGAUCGCUUAGUCGUGUCAAGUCUGGGUGGGACACAUGCUUUGGUUGCUUCCCCGGAUGGCAGGUGGCGAUCCUUAGAUGGCAGACAUGUGCCUUCUUCGGUGGAGGAGCAGAUCCGCACCAAGGCACUUGGCGCAGAGGUAGUGGGCGAGGAAAAAGGCAAAGGUGUAGUUGGUGCCCCCUUUGUGCAGAAGACGCUGAGACCGAGAGACUGGCAAGUGGUGGAAGAUGCUGCAGUUGAGGAUGAAGUGGCGAGAGUCCUCGACCGGACAUCAGAUUGCUUCGCCACUUUGGGUCUUGGAUCUGAGGACAAAAUAGAUGGCAAGACAGCUCGGUCUUGUUACAAGAGGCUUGCCCUGAAGGUGCACCCAGACAAGGCCCCAGAGGAACUGAAGGCGCGUGCUAAAGCUGCUUUUGAAAAAGUAGAAAAAGCAGCUGCGGUUGUUGAAGCUUUCUGUGAAACAGACAUGGAAGCAACAGAGUGCCUCCAUCGCAUCCUGCAUGCUGCUGGGGCUGGGAGAGCUGCCAUGUCACGCGCCAUGGCUCUGGAAGUUCUGCAGAUCUCUGAAGACUGCAGUCUUGAAGAGGCUGGAAAGAAGGGAAGAGAGCUGAGAGAAACAAUCAUGAAGCUGGGCAUGCUGACCGAUGGUAACUAUGGACACCCUGACCAGGCCGAAGCUGUCCGAAUGAUAGAAGAAGCAGCAGAAGCUAUUGCAGAGCCGUCGACUCUCACAGCAAGUAAAGGCGGUGCAAGCUUCACUUCCCUGAAGCCAGUCCAGGUCACUCGUGCCCUUGGGUUGCGAGACCUGAAGCUGCCCAGAAAAAUUGUGUCAUCAGAACCACAGAUUGACGUCAUCCAGCUGGAAGCAUUGGGUUCGCAUCACUUGGUCCUGCUAAGUUCUGGCGCAACAUCUUUGAGCGACCAGGAGGUGAUUGAGCGGGUCCGUGGCUUCUCGGGCCAGCCCAAGGCCGCUUCGCUUCUCGUGGCCGCUGAUGCAGCAGCCAGGAAUGCUGCGCAAGGCAUCGCCGGGCCGCAGCGUUUUGGGUGUUGCAUCGUCGGCGUGUUCGAGGUUGGGUCGGGAUAUGUUGAGCCACCAGCUAAGAAAGCCAAGAAGGACGGUGGUGACAAGGUUGGUGAUUUCAGACAGAACACGCUGCCAGCUGGUGACUGGCUGGAUGCACAAGUGCAUUGCUCUUACGAAAAUAGUGCUGCAGCUACACACUGGGAGGGCCUGUUGCAGAGCGACAUCCCUCAGGAGUGGUCAGCGACAAGAGACUUCGCUCUUCAAGCUAUGCGUGCCAAAGCAGAAGACAGGCGGUCAGACGGGAUGGAAAGAAUGGAGGAGCUUGCUGCCAUCGCAGCAGGGGUGGCAGGCGCCGGUCAGGUAGCUGACGGCGUCCCUGAUACCUGCCUCGCUCGCAUGGCUGUUCAGCUGGGUUACUAUUGGUGGCACACAUCGAAUGCCGAUACCUCCAAAGCAGAGUGCUGUCUCUCGCUUGCGGUGCAGUCAUUCCAUGCCUCUCACUGGCGCCUUCCAGCAUGGCGAGGGGUCAACCUAGGAGGUUGGUUACUGCUGGAGCCCGGGCCGGCAUCUCCUUUUUUUGACGUAUGCUAUGCCAAAAUUGUGGAAGUGUCCUCGAAGCGCGUUGAGGAUGCCGCCUUGUCGGGCACGAGAGAAAAUCCCCCUGGCCUGGGUGAUGAGUACUCUGUCUGUGCUGCUCUGCAAGCGGCGGGUGGAGAUGAACUGCGGCUACAGUAUGUAGAGCUUACGCGGGCUCGCAAUGGCUCGCACAAGCUGGACAAAACAUUUCUUGACAUCGCGAAGACGGGCUUGAAUGCAGUGCGCAUUCCCUUUGGGCACUGGGUGGUGAGCGGGCCAGGUCAUGGAGAACCUUAUGACGGUCCCUGUUUGGAGGUGUUGGACUCAGCUAUCCAGCUGGCCGAAGCCCAAGGACUGCAAGUCCUUCUAGAUCUUCAUGGAAAUCCUGGGGGUGAAAGUGGGAGCCGCCCCAGUGGCAGAGAGUCUUCCUUGUGGCGUUGGCAAGACUGGCGCCAUGAUGAGGCCGCAACCCCGUCGCAAAGCACCGCUGGCUGUCAUGUUCUAGGAAGAAAGGCAGUUGAGAUGCUGCGCCUCAUCGCAGUGCGAUACUGCGACAAGUCCUGCGUGACCGGAAUACAGGUUUGUAAUGAACCUUCUGAAGCCAUUCCAGCUGACAGGCUUUGUGACUUCUACGAAAAGGCUAUCGAGGCCAUUCGGUCUGGUGGCAUGGGCCCAGACAAAGUUGCAGUGGUGUUGCCAAUCUUCACCCACUGGCGGGUGAAGGAGGUCAUCAGCUGUUGGCACUCGCGCGGAAAUUGCUUCAGAUUCGACAACGUUGCGUUUGACAUCCAUUACUACCAUGACUUCUCAGCCAUAUGGCGACUUUUGCCACACAACCGCCAUGUUGAGGUCGUCGCAGAGCAUGCCAGGGAAUUGAAGCUACUUCCUGGCUCUUUGGUGGGGGAGUGGAGCCUUUCAAGGCCUGGAGAUUUCUCAGAUGAAGAGAAGGCAGACUUUGCUCACAAGCAGGUGCAGGCCUACAACCACUCCAGUCAUGGAUGGUUCUUCUGGAAUUGGCAUGACCAUGACUUCUAUCCCGACUGGGACUUCGAAAGAGGAGUUCUCGGCUCCAAGCUGCCGCAUGUUCUCGGCCGGACGGAGCUCGAGGCACUGCCAGUUGGAAACUUGUACCGAGCCUCAGCCCUGGGGCACUCCGCUUCCGACGUUGUGGCCGCGUCUGAUGGGAUGGGCGAGCACACUCAAGGAUCUUUUCGGUCCGAUCACCCGCCCUCUGGCCCAGGCUUGGAAGUUGCAAGAGUUGUGCUUGUGGUUGUUUUGCCUUGGUUGAUUCUCUCCUGUGGGCUCAGUGUGAGUGACUGCAUUGAGAAGACUGACCUUCAAGAACGCCAGGCCUCCAAGGCGCCAACUGUGGUUUUGCAGAAUCUCAUUCGGCAUUUUGGCUUGUCCUCGUCGGGCCUUGCUGACAAAGCAGAGCUUGUGCAGUAUGCUUUGCAAGCCCUCAGGAUGACGAAAGCGCUGCCGCUGCUAAUUGUACUCCAUGGAGCUGGACGCAGCAAGGAGAGCGUUGAUGGAUUCGUUUUACCGUUCUCAAGAAUCUCAUCCCGGCAAAACGCCCUGGUUGCCAUCCCGAUGUCGCUUGACAACACAUGGGACUUGAGAGCAGCUGUGGCGACAGGACAAGCUUCAGCAGACACCGCCUUCAUCAGUCACAUCAUUGACUGCCUUAUGCGCGACUACCGUGUCGAUGCUGGGCGGAUUGCACUCAUGGGCUUUUCAGAUGGCGGCUCCUAUGCACUAAGCCUCGCGGUCUCUAAUCCUGGUGUCUUCCAAGCAGCGAUGUCCUGGUCAGCUGGAUAUUAUCAGAAUGCACCUGUUGCGUCUGCAGCUUCAUCCUCUCUGCCACAUAUUUUUCACGCUCAUGGCCGGGCGGAUGAGUUGUUCAAUUUCGAAAAGGUGGCCUUGCCAAUGCGCCGAUCGCUGAGAAGCUCUGGACACAAUGUCACGUCACACAAUGUGUUGUCAGCCGGCCACAGCGCACCGUCAGACUUUGCCAGUUUGGCGGCUGAGCGCGAGCUAAUGAGGCUCAAGGAAAGCCUUACAAAGGAUGCCAGCCAGUUUCCAGCUCUCGCCCGCAAGCAUUCUGAGUGCAAGUCGGCUCUGCAGCCGGGACAGAUGGCCGGAGACCUGGGAUGGAUUUCCAAGGGCAGCCUUGGAGAUGCAGCCUUGGAAGAUGUUGUGCUUGCUCUGGAGGUAAAUGAGCUAAGCGAUUUGGUCACCACAGCGCGUGGUGUGCAUCUUGUGCAAAGAUAUGCCUGA